UUAAAAACAUUCGCCUGGAUAAAUCGUUCACUGGCAGUAUGUUCAAGUUCACAAAUAUUAUAUGGUGCGCGUUUGUUGCCCUGAAUAUUUAUGGAUCACCAGCAUAUUGCAAGGAAAUUAGGAGAUCCAAUUUUCUGUUAGAGGACGCCCCUAACCAAUGCGGGGCUUUUUGCCUUUCAGCACUAAGUCCACUGUACGAUCAAAUGGCUAAUUUCAAGGAGUCAUUAUCUAAAGUUAUACCCCAGAUGGAAAGUCUACUGAAAAACUUCGACGAAAAAUUAGACAGUGUGCAAGGCCAACUGAAUGCGGUACUGAUGAGGAUGGAAAAUGCCUUAGCCAUAAACACAACCAGUACUCAGACUUCACAGGAGCCAAAGAUAGUGACUUCCGUUAAAAAGCAUUCCCCCGAAAUUCGAGUUGAUAGGCUCAAGGUAUUUUUACAUUGAGAGGAAAUUUCCUCAAAAUUGGACAAGUGCUGCCAGUACCUGUCGCCAAAUGGGUGGGCAUCUGGCCUCGAUUAAAGACGAAGAG